UAUUUAAGUGUUAGUUUAUGUGUAUUUGCUUUGAAAAAGGGAAAAGAAUAUUACUCGAAAAAUCUCAAACCGUUUGGAUUAACUGAAGAAUUAGAUUAUAAGAGAAUGUGGUAUUGUUGGAGAUGUCUGAUUGGAUAAUUUUUAGGAGUAAUUUGGAGGAAAAUGAUAACUUAAUUUUUAUUUGAUACUUGAUUGAUCCUUCCUUCACAAGGAUUUUGUUUUAAAUUUUUUCCGUUUGUCUUCUACUAGAAUAUUUUCUAAAAGGUUAAAUAUUCAUUUUUUAAAAUUUUCCAGCCACUCUCCUUUCCUUCCUUACUUUCAAAUCCAAUUUCCUCUUAUUUCCUUUUUUCGCCCUCGUUAUAUUUUUUUGUCACGCGUUUCUCCUUUAUACAUAUUUGUUAUAUCUUGUCCAUCGUUAAAAAUUCGAGGUGUCUUCCUCAAUAACUACUACAAACUUAAGGCAUAACUGGUGCACGUUGUUUGUUACUAGAAAAAUUUUCAAAAAGCAUUGAGUGGUGCAAAAGUGGUUUGAGGUUAGGAAAUGGCCAAAAGAAAAAAGACGGGGGAAAAAUAGAAUUUACAAGAAAAGGACCGUCAUUCUUUAUGUGGAUGGCAUAAUGUUGCCCUAAGGGUUAGAUCAUACUUAAGCAUAUUACAUUAAAGUAAAAAUUAAAAGAUUAUAAAAUAGUACAUAUGUCUAGAUUUAAAAGAAUUUAAAUGGAAGGAGAUUUAAAUUUAAAAUUAUUGUUUUACCUACAUAGCCCUCCCCCCUCUUUCUUGUCUUCCUGUUUUCAAAGGCCUUAUAAUAGGCAUGAUAUUUUCUUUCUUGUAUAUUCUCGAUUUUUCGAUAGAAAUAUUUCUGAUAUAACUGAAUAUCGAGCCCCAGAUUUUUCUUUUACAUAUCUCAACUUCAAAAAAAUAUUAUUAAUUACUUAUUUGUUAGUUUAUUAGUUAAGCCUUUUGUUUUCCUCCUUGUAUUUGCUUUAUCUCCCUUACUUUUUUGCCUUCUCAUUUUUUUCAUAAUUCCCUUUUUAAAUACAUAUAUCAUCUCUCUAUUGUUUUUAAAUUUUCUUAAUUCUCAAGAGGCUAUUUUUUAUAAAUAUUUUUUGUUAUUUUUCAUGAUAUUAUCAGACAAUUCUUUUUUUUGCCGAACAAUUCAUGAACUUUCUGAUUUAAUUCGUCAGUGUGAAUUAACAACAAUUGCUUGUACUGCUACACUUCUUAAAGGAAUUGCCAACCUCUGGGCUCCUGUUCCUCAAGAACUGGAAAGACUCGCUGAUGUGGCAAGGACCAGCCAACCGGGUCAAGAAUUUAUGUCCUUCCUUCAACAACAACAAAAUUCUAAUUCUUUACUUACUUCAAAUGUGUCAACAACAUCAAAUGGGCAAUGGUGGGUUUGGCCUUCCUUGAAAUCUUUUUUUACUUUAUCUUUAUCUCUUCCCUUAACAUCUCCUUAUCAUUUCUUAUCUUACAAUUUAUAA